CCGACACGAUGCGUGCGACAUCAGUUUUGGGGAUAUAGAGUUUAAUCGUCUGUUAUGGAUUACACUGAGAUCCCACAUUUCGCGCUCUUUCGACAAGCCGGUACUGUGAUAGUAAGAGUCAAGAUGGACGAGAAGAGAGAAAGCUGCUGCAAACCCGAGGCCUGUCCCAGGUCGGACUACCCUAGGAUACUCCAUAGACUAUCAACAUGUGCGCAAUGUUACAGGACUAGAUCAAAUAGCCAAUAUAGUGACUGUGAUAGUGAUUUUGUGGACCGGUGUCGACCUUAUAGAUCGAGUUCAGCAAAAAGUAGAUACGUCAACGUCUGCGCAGCGGUGUGCCUGGUCCUCCUCGUGGGCGGCCUCUCCCCCCAGUCAUCAGCAGCUCCACACAGAAGAACGAUGGAUCGGCAACGCCGCUCUUCGUCACAGGAGAACAGUCUCUGGGGAAACCCAUGUGAUUAUGGCUCAAAUCCAGCGCCAUCUGUAUAUUCGGCAAAGCUCGCAAAGGAAGUUUCAUCACAAGCGAGAAACGCCUACGAGUCAACGGCGAAGUACAAAGAUAAAUUUGCAUUGAAACUCCACAGUUACCAAAGUUUUGAUGAACUUUUGCCAGUCUGGAGUAGUAUUGACUGGCUUCGGAACUUCACCUGGUUCCCUGAAGAAGGCUUGCCUAAGGAAAAAAACCUAUAUCAGCCUAUGCCUGAGGCUUAUAUGGAUACAGUUAUGAGCAAAAUUGAUGAGGUGUUGCCGUCAAUGUACAAGGGUUUGAAGAUGGUAGUGGCGGGGCUUUACUCCAUCAGCGAGGAUGGUCUCAGCAGGGACAUCUUUUCAGAUGCUGGUUUGAGAGGCAACAUUAGGGGUAGCAUGCAUGAAGUUCGUGCAGUUCUAUGUUUGUUCGAUGAAAUAAUGAGAUCUCGCAGUUUAGCAAUAACCCCGUUGCCUGACGCAGAAGUGCCAGACAUCAAGCAAGCCGACAAGCUGUCAUACGCGCUACUCGUAUACCGCGACACCCUCAACUACUUGGAGUACCUCACCCAAGUGUUCCAGAAAAUGUACGAUGUUGACUCAAAGAACUGAGAUCGGUUGUGUCAACUAAUUCUGUAAAACUCAUCAGAUGACUGUCGGGCAGUUGUUAUUUACCCGAAUUGUUUUCGGCUUCUACUUAAUUUGUUGGUGCUUUUAUUUAUGACUUAAUUGUAAAAAUGCCGCUCGUUGUUUGAGCACGUAUAAACAAGACUGUCUUGAAACAUCGACACUGACUUCGAAAGUUCUAUAAUACUUCGUUAGUAUAGUUUUUUUCAGUAUUUAUUAAACAUUUUUUUCUAUUCUAGCAUUGUUGUGUUGUCUCGAAACAGUCUUGUCUUGUACAUGAGCUCUUUGUUCGUUGGCCCGACACAAUGAAUCUCCUCGGUAGCUCAAUUGUUUGCACCUUUGGCUGUUGAUAAAGUAGAAAAUGUCUUUGCCAUUACAUUGCCAUUUUGGUCUAGAGCGAAUUAGUUCCUUUUAUAUAUAUUUUUUGUAAAUAGUGACGAAUUUAAUACGUAUUAUUUAUUGUUUAACAGGCAGCUAAACUUUCGAAAUUUUCCGAUAUCCUAGUCAAGGUCUUAACUUAUUUAUUUCUUGAUUAUUUUCAAUUUAGUUUCAAUUAUAUUUUAUGGUAUUAUUAGAUUAGUGUUAUUCUCCAUUCCACCAAACUUGUUUGAUGAUGUAUUAGUAAAUUGUUUAGGUGAAUGUCGUGUCUAUGGCUGGUUCAUGAUUAUUGACAAUUUUUUUUAUUUCUUUUGUGACUAUGCAGUCGUUCGAGACUGCAAAUGCUUUUAAUUGUACAUUAUAUUUCAUUACUUAACUUGAUUAUUUGUUAACUAUUUAUAUUCCUGUUAAAGAUCCAAUGAAAUAUAACUAGCUUUAAUACAGCAGCUGUUAAUUAUAUUAUUGUAAAGUACAGAGCCAGU